GCGUAAUUUGGUGUUACAGCUGUUCACUGUCAAAAUUUGCAAAAUUUUUGUUGGCAACCAAUUUGUCCACGAUUCUAAAUUAAUAAUUUACUGUAAUGAAACUAAAUAAAUAGCAUAAAUGCAUUUUGAAAUAACAAAAAAACAACGGACCAUCUAACGACAAUAAAGUCUAACUUGCGCGGCCACUUUGCAACUGUCAUAAACAACCCACUUAGUGCAGUUCAUUUCGUUGCCAGGGAGUGAUUAGCAAAAUUGAUAAAAUAGCGGCGGAUUAAAGAUCAUUUAUUCUUCAAUAAUUAAUAAGUGUAAUUUUGUGCAAAACACAAAAAUUGGUACAUAAAAUAUGGAUACCAGUUGGGAUAUACACGAUGACAUGAAUCUGUACAUAACGCCGGAACGUUUCGUUGUGGAACCGAAUGGCAAAGAUGAGCUGCUGGUAAUCGAUCGCGUUGUGAACACCGUACGUGUACAAAGCAAAGGCAACCAACUAAACAAUCAGGUGCCCACCCGGCGUGUUUGUGGCAUACUUGGUACCAUACAACUAUUAGGUGGCCAUUAUCUAAUUGUCGCCACGCAUCGCCUUUAUGUGGGCAUGCUCAAUGGCGCCAUUAUAUGGCGUUUGGCAGGUUACGAUAUUAUACCCUACAUUCCAACAAUUACACAUUUGCGCCCCAAACAACGCGAGCAAAAUGAACUCUAUCUUAAUAUGUUGCGGCAAACGCUGGACACGCGUUUCUUCUACUUUUCCUAUUGGUACGAUUUGACACACACGCUGCAACGCCUGCACGGCAUGCCGCCAGACUUCAUGAAGAACGGUUUGUUCGAUCGCGCCGAUGAGCGUUUCGUUUGGAACGGCGCUUUGCUGCGCAACUUUAAUUGUCCGGAAAUGCGCAAAUUCGCCUUGCCAGUUGUACUAGGCUUUGUUUCCAUAAACCAAGUGCAGGUGAAUGGUCAAACGUUCUUUUGGUCAAUCAUAUCGCGACGCUCUAUACACCGCGCCGGUACACGUUUCUUCGCGCGUGGCAUUGAUGAGACGGGUAAUGUCGCCAAUUUUGUGGAAACCGAGCAAAUUGUCGAAUACAAUGGACAACGUAUAUCCUUUGUGCAGACGCGCGGCAGCAUGCCAUUCUUUUGGCGACAAUUGCCUAACCUAAGAUAUAAACCCGAUCCGGAGCUCGUGCCGGGUAAAGACCACUUGGCGGCAUGCCUGAAACAUUUCGACGCACAAGUGAUGCUUUACGGACGUCAAAUCAUACUAAAUUUGGUGGAUCAAAAACGCGCCGAGGGCAAUCUCGAACGCGCAUUCCGCACAUUCGUGCAGCAAAUUAACAACCCCAAUGUGCGCUAUGAAGCUUUUGAUUUUCAUGCGGAAUGCAAAAAAAUGCGUUGGGAUCGCUUGCAGAUACUAAUCGAUCGCGUAGCACACGAGCAGGAUGAGUUCGCAGUAUUCCAUCUGCGCGAAGAUGGCAGUUUGGUAUCAGCACAAGAUGGCGUAUUUCGCACAAAUUGUGUUGAUUGCUUGGAUCGCACUAAUGUUGUGCAAAGUAUGCUGGCCAAGCGUUCACUGAACGCUGUACUACAAAAGUUGGGCAUUUUACAAGCGGGUCAAGUUGUAGAGCGCGCUUCACCCAAUUUCGAGUACAUUUUCAAGGGGGUUUGGGCUGAUAAUGCUGAUGUGAUUUCACUGCAAUACUCCGGUACCGGCGCCUUGAAAACCGAUUUCACACGCACAGGAAAACGUACAAAAGCCGGUCUUAUGCAAGAUGGUAUUAACUCGGCAACGCGUUAUUAUCUAAAUAACUUUGCUGAUGGCAGUAGACAGGAUGGCUUUGAUCUAUUUCUGGGCAAGUAUGUUGUUAAACCUGACGAAGGCAAUUUACUGCCUUCACCUUUGGUGGUUACACGCACUUGGCGCUACAACACGAUACCUUCCGUUUUGCUGUUCGCUAUAGCAAUGCUCUUCAUAACCGCCAUCUUUCCGGCUGAAUUUAAUACAGAGAGCUUGCUAUUCCUUUUAUUCUGGGGCACAAUCGUUGGCGUGGGCACCACUGGCAUAUUACAUUACGGCGUGGAGUUUGUCGACUGGCCCCGUUUACAUCCGCCAAUUAAAAUCGAAGCCUAGCAAAUAUGGGAACGGCGUUAUUAUUUGCGUUUAGAUGAUAACAAUUAGCUACACAAAAUAACGCCUCGUACAUAAUUCUACUUAACACCAACUGCAGUGAAUUUAGUUAAAAAAAAAUUUGUUGAAAAAUUAGCCUGUUGCAUAUGCAUGUUGGCCGCAAUUAUAAGCAUUUGGCACUACAGUGUACCACUUAAAAAUUCCUUGCUUGUUUAUGAUAUAUAGUUUGAUGUUUAUAUUAUGUUCGGAAAGCCGGUUUAAUGCUAAAAAAAAAAGAAAAAAUAAUUGCCUAAAAGUAUAGUAAAAACACACAAACGCAAUAGAAAAUUACCUUGUAGUAGGAUGAUAAUGAGCAAUUACAUUUGUAAAUGUAAGAUGAUUUUCUUAAUGAAAUGCGUACAUGUUUAAUCAAUAAAUAACCACUAUUUCAACGAAUUCAA